UUCCGUGUUUAAAAGACUCGAUAGCACCCUUUCGCUCAACCAUCCAAAUUCCAAACUUAAACUUAAUUUCUCUGUGUGCAUUUUUAAUGGGAUCUGUGAAGCUCCCUCCGUCGACGGCGCUGAAAUGGGUGGGGUUCGUCUCCGCCGUCUGGGUUCAGGCCAUUUCCGGCAACAACUACACCUUCUCCAACUACUCCGACGCCGUCAAGACUCUCAUGAACCUAACCCAGCUCCAGCUCAACAAUCUCUCCGUCGCCAAAGACGUCGGCAAGGCCUUCGGAAUUCUCGCCGGACUUGCCUCCGACCGGUUCCCCACGUGGCUCAUCUUGCUCAUCGGAUCCCUCGAAGGCCUCCUCGGCUACGGCGCUCAGUGGCUCGUCGUCAGCCAGAGAAUUAGCCCACUCCCUUAUUGGCAGAUGUGCAUCUUUCUGUGUAUGGGCGGAAACAGCACCACCUGGAUGAACACGGCGGUGCUGGUGACCUGCAUCAGAAACUUCCGGCGGAAUCGCGGCCCUGUUUCCGGCAUCCUGAAGGGCUACGUC